AAACGAGCUUGUGAUCUCAAUAACACACACAAAAAAAUAAACCAUGACGACGACUGCUCAACCCCAUUUCACCCCAUUCCACUCUUUUGAUUCCCAAGACCUUGAGCAUUCCGGUUCCGACUUGACUCCCCAAGACAUUAGCAACCUCCGAUCCCCCACCAUCCCACCCGGCAUCGACCCAACAAAACAACAACUCGCCUACGGUCGUCGCGCCGUCCCCAAACUCAUAUCGGACCUAACACCGACAACCCCCCUCCACCACCUCCAAUCCGCUCUCACAUCCCUCUCAGACCUUUUUCACGCCCCCGAAAACGUCGCACAGGGACUUGACUGUCGUAUUGUGGAGAUUCUUGGGAAAUGGGUGGGUCAUUCGGAUGUGACGGUUCGACAAAAGGCUACGGAAUGUUUAAAGGUGUUGGGUGGACAUGCUAUUGGACGGGCGUCCAUGGUGGAAUGUAGUACCCUAGUCCCAUUAUCUAAACUCUUCGACGACCCAGACCCACUAGUCCGCAAAACAAUUCACACAACAUUUUCACUCAUCACCCUACACACAUCCGGUGUUACUUCCCUCCUCCACUCAAUCCUCUUUGACCCCCUCAUCCAAAAACUCCCGCACGAAGCACUGGAUAUCCAACUCGUUAUUCUCGAUACAUGUUAUAAUUGUAUUCGAUUGGGGAAGGCGCCGUUUAUGCCUAGGGAUGCGUUGGAGGCAGGUGCUAUGGAGGUGUUUACAAAGAUGCUUAAAGUGGGGUGUGUGAGGGAUGUUGCGGUUCGUGUUGCGGAUUGUGUUAUGGUUUUGAGUCACUACCAUGAAGGCAAAAAACUUGCAUGCCAAUUAAAUACCAUUCCCGUUCUAAUCGACCUCUUACACAACAAACACUCUACCGUUCGUGCAGCAGCCGCUGGAGCCUUAAUGAGCAUCACAAUAGACGUGGAAGCAAAACGAAUUGUGGUCCGCGAAAACGCCCUUCCAGUCCUCAUGGACCUCCUUAAAGACAAGAACCAGUUACUUGUUUUGAAUGCUGUAAAGACGAUUACGAAUUGUGCGGAGGAUUAUCGGGGGAGGUUUCAGUUGCAUGGGUGUAUCAAGCAGUUACAAGCGCUUUUCGAAUCUCCGAGACAAGAACUGGCGGAAGCUGCCAAAAAAGCCGUACAAGUCAUCACGUGGAGACCGUAGUAGUCCAACAAGUGCGUUAAUGUAGACCGAGAAACCUAAAUACAUUCGUUCUCACAAUCCACAAACCAAUUCAAAACUGUG